CCCAUCCCCACCCCGUUGCCAUCCACAACCACGGUCAAUCCAGUGUCCACCGCAAAGCUCUGCCCCUGCUCUUCACCGGUUUUGCAGAGGCGGAGUCCGAAAGUCAGUGCGUCCUUCGCCAUCCAAACAGCCCUGGAAGCCAGGAAGCAGCUAGGAAGCUAGGACACCUGGACCCAAGCAGCAGCACUUGAACGAACGCUGACAGGCAUCAUCAAGCAGCCCCCCCUUUUCAACAUCCAGGUUGCAUCGACCCUGGUACCAAGCAUAUUUGAUACAUUAAACGGCAAAUCCUUCGUGCUCCAGCUGCCAGCUGCCACUCUACUACGGACCAGCUCCUCUGCCUACAUACCCUACGCUCUCGCUUCAACAAAACCCUCUGACAGCCCGGCCUGCUGAACCUACCCUUCCGAGUACAUCUUGCGUCCGACAACCCGCGCCCAACACCAGCACCACCGUCACCCCUCAACCUCCAUCACCAACACGACCAUCUAGUAAUUACUCUUCAACACCUUCAUCACGCCUCAAUCAAGUAUCAAGAUGUGUUUCGGGGGACGGAGGGGCGAGGAUGAGUACAAGAAGAGUCGGGAAAUCGAUGCCAUGAUCCAUCGGGAUGAGAAGGAGAUGGCAAAGGUCGUCAAGCUCCUGUUAUUGGGUAAGCUCGCUUUCCGACCCUCCAAAUAUCCACCAACGCCAAAAUACACCCACUACACUACACUCCCGCCCUACACUAACGGCUACUAACAUGGCGUCCCACAGGUGCUGGAGAAAGUGGAAAGUCGACCAUCUUGAAGCAGAUGAAAUUGAUCUACACCAAGGAAGGCAUUUCAAAGAACGAGAAGGAGGAAUGGCGUGUGAUAAUUUUCAACAACCUCCUAGAUGGCGUGCGGAUGAUUAUCGAUGCUAUGGAGGAGAUGGGCAUUGAAUUUCAAUACGAGAAUACGACUGUGAGUGACUAACUCCACUGGCCAUGUACUGUCGCUCGCCGUGCAGCUCCCCUGACCGUCUCCCAGGUACAUUUACCUGUAAUCCUCCAAGAAAAGGACUUGCGACCCUUCGAGCCCAUCCCGACCGAGUAUCUUCGAGCGUUCAAAGACCUGUGGAAGGACCCUGGAAUGAAAAGGGCAGUGGCGAGGGGAAAUGAAUAUGCGCUGCACGAUAACCUAGGAUAGUAAGACAAUCACCGCUACGUAAAUUCCAGUCACAAACCAGCUAACCUCUCCCCUUAGCUUCUUCGAGGACCUCGACCGAUUAUUCAGCAAAGACUUUGUUCCCACCAAUCAAGAUGUUCUGCGAGCAAGGCUGCGAACGACGGGCAUAACCGAGACAGUUUUUGAUUUGGGCUCCCUACAGUAUCGCAUGUUCGAUGUCGGUGGACAACGAUCGGAAAGGAAGAAGUGGAUUCACUGUUUCGAAAAUGUCAACGCUCUUCUCUUCCUGGUAGCUAUCAGUGGAUAUGACCAGUGUCUAGCAGAAGACAAGGAUGGGGUACGUAGGCGUGAAAAUAUCAAGAACUCUCUGCUGACAUCUCGUAGAAUCAAAUGCAGGAAGCCCUCAUGCUCUGGGAAUCAAUUGCGAAUUCGCACUGGUUCAAGAACUCGGCGCUCAUUCUCUUUAUGAACAAGAUCGAUUUAUUCAAACAAAAGAUUGCAUCAAGUCCGAUUACCGAGUUCGGUUUCUCGGAUUUUAAAGGAGACCCCGCCAGCUGGCAGCAAGCCAGCAAGUACUUUAUGGAAAAGUUUGUAGCGCUCAACCGAAACCCAAGUCGCGAUGUUUAUAAUCAUUUCACUAACGCCACCGACACUACCCUUCUCAAAGUCACCAUGGAUUCCGUUCAAGACAUGAUAAUUCAAAAGAAUCUACAGAAACUAAUCUUGUGAGCAAAAAGAUAACCUUGGACACCCCCUCUUUUUCUGAUAUCACGAAAGAUGCGAUCCUCCCCUCUGAGCAUGAGGCCCUCACUUUGCAGAAAGAGAUCAUACGCAGAUGUCAUAGCACCGUUUAACGACUCGACGAAUCUUUUGAUGAACAACUACUACUACUUCUCUCCACUACUCCCUUCACAACAAUACAAUAAAUACCCCUGACCAAAACCUUCUCUCUAAAUCAGCCAUCACAACAAUUUCGACCGCCUCUAACUUUCUUUUUCCCUGGGUAAUCGGAGUUUGUACAUCACCAUGAGGCAUAAAUUUACGACUCAAAUUUUUAUUUCCUCUCCUCUAUCCCCGAACAGAAUUGAAGAAGCUCAACAGGGGGUGGCGGUAGAUGGAAGAGGAAAUGAAGAAAUGUUUGGGACAUACUAUUGGGUGGCAUUUGGAUAAUCUCUUUUCGAUUUCUUUUCCUUUUCGGGCCAUAAUCGCGGGCGGCUGGAGGAAAUCUUUUUCAAUUUUGCUUACUUACUUCCAUACCUGGAUUCUCGCACUCUGGAACCCGAUCACUUCGUCAGCAUGCCAAAGAGCGGCUCCACUCUCUUACCCCACCUCGCAUUCCCCGGACAUACAAUAUCACCACACAUCCACUACAGCAACAGACCUCUUUCUUGACUUGAACUUAGAAGCGCAGCAUCUUCUUUUUUCUUUUUCUUGUAAGAUGAGAAUGAGAGGAGCGGGUUCGUUCUUCUUAGAAAGGUUGUCUCUUCUUCAUGGGUUGGAAUGGACUGAAUCAUUGGGAUGCAAGGUCGGGUCGGAAGUCGAUGGGGUGAUAGGGGGCAGUGAGGGCAGAAGUGGGGGAAGCGGGAGGUUGAAAAUUGAGAUGGCGAAAUUCUACUGUGUAGUGUAAAUAGACCAACGUAAAAGGAAAAAUAACCCGCAACCUAAUUUUUUUUUCUCG